GGAUGUAUCAAAAAGGAAUCAUUUGGAAUAAUGAUGUCCCAAAGUGGACCCUUCAAAGGCGCAUUUUUCAAUCUGGAUUGGGUUCCAACGUUCGAGAAAAGGCCUUUGAAGUUGCUACAGAGAAAACUCGACAAGAAAUCAAUCGCAUAAAGGCUACCGCGCGUGACAAUAAUACUGUUCCAACCAUUGAUCUCUUAAAUAUCCUUCGUCAUUCCACCCUUGCUGUCACACUGGACGUGGCCCUAGGAAUCCAAUUAGAUCUAGAACGAUCGCAGCACCUGAUCGACUCCAUCGUUGAAUACUUUAAGGCGUGGGAAUUUUUCUUAAUGAAACCGCGAUUCAUCUGGUCCUUGUUUCCGUUACGUCUUUAUCAUCACAAGAAGUCAAUCUCAAGGCUGCAAGAAUUGAUUCGAAAUCUUGUUUCAACCUUGAACAAACAAUCGGCCCCUUUCAUAUCUCAACUUCACGAGAAUGGAUUGACCAUCGAUGAGAUCAAUCAAUGCGUCCUCGAAAUGGUCCUUGCGGGAACUGAUACAUCUUCCGUAAGUUUAUAUUACACAUUUAUUCUUCUUACGGAAAACGAGGAGAUACAAAAUCAAUUAUUGGAUGAUUCUCGAGAUGAUUCAUUCUUGGAAUCCGUUUUACGGGAAUCUAUGAGAAUAAUGCCCGUCG